CGGUUAUUAAAAGGCAUGCAGCCUCUGCACAACAGUACAAAGCCGGAAGUUAUCGUUCGGCCGCCAUCAUUCUCCAUAUCCUCAACUUUUUUCAACCCAUUUUUGCUCUUUUUUCCGAAAUUCCUCACACCUUCUCCCACAGAUUAUCUAUUCAAAAAUGAGAACACGGAGAAACAGUAGUCAGCAACACGAGGUCUCAUGGCGGCGCUUGGUGGUGCGCAAGUGGCUCAACUUGGCAAAGAGCGAUUCUGAUUACUCUGCCGACACUGAGUCGGGUUCUGGCUCAGAUUCGGAGCAGGAAUCUUUCGAUUGGCCUAAGCAGUCGAGGUUCAAGAAUGAUAAAGUCGAUGAACCUCAGGUUGAUGUUGAUGACCCAGCUCUUCCCAAAUUAAGACGACGCAACUCAGAGACAUUUAGAGCUCAGUAUAUAAACAAUAAGGAAAUCAGGGUAUGCGCUGCCACAUGGAAUGUUGGGGGAAGAGUUCCUCCUGAUGAUCUGGAUGUCAAUGGCUGGUUAGAUAUUGAUGACCCUGCUGAUAUUUAUGUGAUUGGCCUGCAGGAGAUCAUUCCGUUAAAUGCCGGAAAUAUAUUUGGUGCUGAAGAUAGCCGUCCGGUCGCCAUAUGGGAAAACAUAAUUCGUGAAGCUCUAAACAGAGUUCAACCAGUAACUAAGUUCAAAAGCUUCAGUGACCCUCCUUCUCCAUCAAGGUUCAAGCCAGCUGAAGAUGCCCCAGAUAUAGAAGACGAAAUCCUACUCGAAUCCGACAGUGAUGUUGGUGAAGAAAUCUACCCAUUGAAUGAGGAGCCAAAUGUCUUUUCCGAAACUGAUGGGGGAUUAGUUGAAGGAAGAACUGAUGACUCUGUCCUUAAAGAUGAGGGCCAGCCUAUAGAACCGGAUUUGGCCCGGCAAUUUUCUUCUCCCAAGAGGCUGGACAGAUUGAAUUGCCUAAGGACAGAGGAGGAUGGAGAAAAUAACGAGGGCCCAAAUUCUCAGUACAAUCGUAAAUUAAUUAAAACAUUUAGUGGGACAGAGAGGAUAGGAUUGAGCUGGCCAGAGCCACCACUUCAUCUUCUGCCUAAGCAUGUCCUGGAGAAACCUAAUUCUUUUCAAUCUUAUAAAUCUUUCAAAAGUUCAAAAUCAUUCAGGACUUGCAACUCUUUUAAGUCGAACGUGAUGGGUGAAAAUAGAAUGAAGCCUGACAUAGGGUCACUUUUGGAAGUUGACCUUGAGUCCAUAAUAAACAGGAAAAGGCGGCCGCAGUAUGUCAGGAUUGUAAGCAAGCAAAUGGUCGGGAUAUUUAUCACUAUAUGGGUACGCAGGAGCUUGCGCCGGCAUAUACAGAACGUGAACGUGUCUACUGUUGGUGUUGGUGUCAUGGGCUAUAUUGGCAAUAAGAUAUGUUCUGUUCUUAUGAGGUGCGAAGUGGGUGAAUCUGACCUGGAUAUGUUCUCCAGGAGAAUAUUUUGGCUGGGGGACCUAAAUUAUCGCAUCAAUUUGUCUUAUGAUCAGACACGAAACCUGAUUUCCAAAAAGGAUUGGUCCAAGUUAAUCGAGAAGGAUCAGCUAAGCAAAGAGUUUAAGAAAGGCCGUGCAUUUGAUGGGUGGUCUGAAGGGACUCUGAACUUCGCUCCAACUUACAAAUAUGAGUUGAAUUCCGAGUCUUAUGUCGGGGAGGAUCCAAAAGCUGGGAGAAGAACACCAGCUUGGUGUGAUCGCAUUCUGAGCUUUGGGACGGGAAUAAGGCUGCUGAGCUAUAGGAGAUGUGAAGUCAGGUUAUCCGACCACCGGCCAGUGACAGCCAUGUAUAUGGUGGAAGUUGAAGUAUUCUCUCCUAGGAAGUUGCAAAGAGCUCUCACUUUCACUGAUGCCGAGGUUGAACAUGAGGAUAUUAUCACGGAUGUGGGGCUUGUUUCAGGGAUGGGGCUGCUAAGAUCAGGAGAGGAUGCAUCAUACUGGGAGCGUUAAUGCACUUGAUUACACGUAGGAUCGAUCUUCCGAGUGUUGUACAUCUACGGUCGAAGCUUUUAAACGUCCCUCGUUUUUCAUUCUUUGUUGCUCAGCAUUUUGAGGUUCUAAAUUCAUAUUUACAAGCUUUGAAUAAAUUGGCAAAGGGCCUCUGCUGUUGCCUUGAAGAAGUUUCCAGAUCACCUUAUCAUCUGUUGUGAAAUAUAGAAUUGGUAUGCUCAAGGCUUUUGUUAAUAUGUUGUAAUCAACCAUACAAUAUAUGCUUGUGAAUCUAUUUUAGAACGUCAGAAUAAAUUUUUACUUGGUAAGUAAAUUCACUGCAAUAAUUAUCAAUGAAUCAAACAUGGUUCUCAUAUAAUCAAACAUAUUUUUAAGUAUGAUAUUUGACAAAAAAAUAUGC